AUGAGUACCUCCUCUCGACCCGACGCCGUCGUCAUCACUCAGACCGUGAACGCCCUCCUCCUCCGCACCUUCGCCCUGCUGCAGACGCCUCUCUCCGUCUUGACGCUGCACCAGGCACUGAACUUUGCGGACAAAGCCCUCGCGACGGCGUCGCAUUUCCACCGCUUCGAUCUCGAGCCCCGGGCGCACCUCUACCGCGGCCAUGUCCUGCGCGCCUGGGGUCGCUGGCGCGCCGCGCAUGCCGCCUACGUCCGCGCUGCGAGUGUGAGAGGGCAAGGAUUCUCAGGCACGGACAUCCGGGGCUUGACGAAAUAUUGUCUCGAGAUGAUUAGGUUCGAAAAUGAGCGGGAAGAGAGGUUGAGACAGGCAUAUUUCAACUCUGUGAGGGAGGCCAGGAAAGACAAGGAAGGCAAGGAAGGGUCGAAGGCGGUGCGGUUUUCAGAUCAGCGGAGGGUUCCUCGUAUCUUCCACCGCCACGACGAUGAUGAGGGAGCCCAAUCGGACGAGAGCUCUGGUGAGAUGUAUCUCAUCUUGAAUGGUAACGGUGAGGUCAUUGGCAGCCGAGAGAGCUUGCCUGACUUACGGACAGUACGCGGCAAAUUUAUCUGCAGGUCGCCGACGGCAUGA